AUGACUGCUGGAACCAUUGAUUCGGGCACGCAGACGCCCGCGGUGCUCAUCGAGUCGCCGGCCCUCGAUGGCGCGCAGAACCCCUACACCUUCCCAACAACCAAGUUGAAGCGCAAGCAAACGCAGCCGGGGAAGACACCUCUGGUGCUGGUUGCAUGCGGCUCGUUCUCUCCCAUCACCUUCCUCCACCUUCGCAUGUUCGAGAUGGCGUCCGACUUUGUACGGUUCAAUACAGACUUUGAGGUGUGCGCCGGAUACUUGUCACCGGUCAGCGACGCUUAUAAGAAAGUCGGACUGGCGCCGGGCUAUCACCGCGUCAACAUGUGCUCGCGCGCCGUCGAGCAUUCUUCCUGGCUCAUGGUCGACCCCUACGAGACGGUGAAUACCGACGAAAAUGGCCAGCCACAGUACGUUCCGACGGCCAAGGUUUUGCAGCACUUCGACCAUGAGAUCAACACGGUUCUGGGAGGCAUUGAGGGCGCGGAUGGGCAGAUGAAGAAGGCUCGGAUUGCGCUUUUGGCUGGCGCUGAUCUGGUCAUGUCAAUGGGCGAGCCUGGCCUUUGGGCACCCAAAGAUCUAGAUACGAUUCUCGGGUGCUACGGCGCAUUCAUCAUUGAGCGUUCUGGAACCGACAUCGAUGAAGCCCUUUCUACGCUUAGGCAAUAUGAGAAGAACAUUUGGGUCAUCGGCCAGGUCAUUCAGAACGACAUCAGCUCGACCAAAGUUCGGCUGUUCCUGAAGAAAGACCUGAGCGUCAGGUACCUGAUUCCGGACCCUGUUGUGGAGUACAUCGAGGAGCAUGGGCUUUUUCAAGAACCAAACCCAAACAAGUCAAGGAGCAGGACACCAGAAGUCGCCGCUGCUGGGCCCUCCAGCCCGAAACCCGCCAAGGGGUGA